CCCUUCAAUCUCCGAAGAUUGCAGGAGUGUUUGAGUUCCAGCGACGGCGCGCCUCUCUGCUGUGAGCGAGCGAAGCAGCUGUCACCAGCUACCCCAGUGUUCUGCAGUGAUGAUCCGCGCGCCUCACACGGUCCUGCUGGUGGCCGCCGCUGUGGCGUGCCUGUGUAAACCGUCCCCGAGUCUGUUCACCGGACCCCGGCCGAUCACGUCCCAACCGGAGAGCGUCAACACCCGUCCGGUGACGGCGGACCUGGUGAAGAUCAGGGAGGCGCUGGGCAUCGCUCUGGUCAACGACAUGUACCUGGAUAGGCCGUAUAUAUCACCGGAGACAGCCCAGCCGUGCGGUAACCCAGACGGAGUCGGGAGACCGGCCUUCUCUCACGUGCACAGCAUCUUCGAGGCCGGCCAGAAGGGGCCGCUGCUGGGCCGACCCGGCUUCUGGAUCCGCCAGACCAACGCCACCAUGGUGCUCUCCUUCCACGACGGCUGUCCACUGCAGGUGAGCGCUGCCUCAGUAAACAGAUAG